GAGUAUUGAUACUCAUCAAUAACAGCAAUUACUUAUUUCAUACUCUCUGGAAUCAAUUUGUUCUUCUCAAGCUGGUGCAGCUACUCCAAGGGAUAUCUAGGUCCCAGAAUAUCGCAAUCUACUACUUCGUAGUAUGCUCUGAAGUUAACCAACUGAAGGGCUCGAUCUAUCCUUGGGUAGCUUGACAUAUUCGUGAGAUCAGCGAAAGCAUCACUUAUUGAUUCGUUAUUAUUUUUUAUCGUUAUUAUCACUCGUUCUCCACAAUCUCAGUCACUCGAGGGCUGCACUUGUAAGACGCAGUUGAAUCUCGAAUAUUGCAAACUUCACCCUCACAAAUCUCCGAUUCUACGAGCUAUCUUUGCUUUGGUUGAUAUUCGCGAAUCUAUUAUUAUCUCUUCACGUCAAGGAACCUCAAAACUUCAUUUUGUUAUCAUUCCAUCAAUUCACGAUAACAUUGCCGAUCUUUCCAAUAUCUUACGAAAGCUGAGUGUCGUCACCUGGCCGAGAAAGAAUCCGGCAUUUCAGCAUUACCUGCUGCCAGAAGGCUUUGGAAUUUUUGCCUGGGGCUUGAGCUUAUAUCUCGGGAUUUAAAAUUACAGUCUUGAAUAAUGGCUGACAAACACCACAAUGUCAUAGAGGAUGCAGGCGCAACUGAGCUCAUUGCAGACUUUAAUGCUAUUGAGCAUGCGUCUACCAUAAGUGAUUCCAACCAUAAAGAUAACACAGCGAUCGACAGUACUCCUGAAGUAUUGGCGUCAGAAAUGAAUGCAGAUGCUCCUGGUGAACAUGGAUACAGUGGAAAUACUCGAGUAGACACAGAUAAGUCUGAAAACGGUGAAGAGAACGAGCGUCUUCGCGAAAAUAACCAGCAGACUGGUAAUCAUGAUGAUACCCAACCUCAACCUGCUAGACCCGAACAGAAAAAAUCUUCAUUUGCCAGAAAAUACAUAUCCUUCAGCAGUGGCUCACUCAUCAAACUUUUGCGAAAGCCCGGUAAUCUGUCUUCGAGAGAACUUGAUCAUAUCGCCGGCAUCCUGAAAAGAAAAAAAAGUCAAGUGAUUCAUCGCGUCAUUGAGAAGAAAGUCCGCAGAAGUUAUGGUUCUGGUAAAAAGAGAUACCAUCCAAAAAAUCCUGCUGAGAUACUCGAACUCUUACGUUACACACCAUCACAAGCAGAUCUUGGGAAGCCUCAUUCUCACGAAGAAGAUAACCAUAGGUGGGCUGUGGUAAACUCCCAAACAUUGCCUCGAAUGGACACCAAAGAAAAGGAGGUUAUAUGCCCAGGAUUAUUCAUGCGACUCUACGACUCGUCCAGUAAGUCCAGGUUAGACGAUGGUCAUCAUGGCUUUCUUUCGGCAGCUUCUGCCUUACCUCUCCGCACUAAAAAGGAACGGCAAGAUUUUCUACGUCAUCAUACUUACUGGAGAUAUCGAGGUCUUACUCAGGGUAUUUCGGUCACAAGUCACUUGAGCAUGCUUGUUUCUGAUCACAUUUUACCACGCUUUUAUGGCACCCGAAAGAAGACUGAAAUGAUUUGUGCAAACCUGACUCUCAUCAACGGCUAUGCACAAAUUGCGGCCGGAUUUCCAAUCUUGCGAGUGGUUGAUGAAAUGCGUCACUAUGAAGUGGUAUCUCUCUAUGGUGACCAGAAAAUGUACGGUAUCAGCUUCUUCGAAAAUGAAUACCUUGUUCCAUAUUGUGUCGUUCCUGAUGCCAUCAUCACCACUUACAAAUGGCGAGAUAUCGAUAAUUGGAUGAAGCAGAGCAACUGCAGCUAUCAAGAUUGGUACACGACGUGGGCAGUUCCGGCAUAUCAAGCACAUGAGAAGGCUCGUGUAGAGGCGCUUGUGACGAACCCCGACAUGUAUGAAGAGGUCGAGUCCAUUUUUGUCGAUGAUAAGACAAUUGACGAGCUAGAAACCUUGUUUUCAGCUCCCAUCAAGAAUCCGCGUGCUCCUAGAGGAGUUCAUCGGCAAGCCGAGGCAGAAAAAUUCGAAGCCUCUGCUUUUGAUGAGAAUCUUGAUUCAAACGGCGUGGAGCGACGUUGGGUUCUUUAUGGACAGUCCGGCGAUGCAGCGACUUAAAGACCCAUUUUUUUACACUUAAAGUACUUUCAUUUUUGCGAAUCGGCGAUCGGUAAUAUCGAAAAUAUAUUCUAUAUCUGCAUGGUGCGAUGUGAAUCAUGGCAUUGGGAGCGGGCAUAUCAUUGAGCAGAGUUGGUCUGGGGUCGAGAUAUUUUUUAAGCUUUCUACAAGAACAUCAUUUAUUAUGAAUUAACUAAAUUAGUUGAAAUGCGAAAUGCAAUAUCA